UUGAUAAAUCGACUACAGUUAUAACACGAACAGUGUAAUAUUUAAAACCGUGCAAAGUAACAUGUUUACUUUUCUCAUUAAGGUUACAAUAACAUUUCUUUGAAAACCGGUUUUACCUGCAGGCUACCUGCACUGCGCCGUUAUAUUUCUGCGCAUGCGCAACCUCACCUGGCCGUUUCCUUGUUAUAUGGAAAGCGAUAGCUGAAUUGUGGAUAACUGUAGAACUGCAAGUUGCGAGAGGAUCCGCUUAAAACAUCUCUGUACUCUUAGACAACCAUAAAUCAUUUGCUAGUGCUUUCGAAAAUGCCUCGCGCCUUCCUGGUCAAAAAAGUGAACACUGCCGCUGAAAAAAGAAGCUGGAGUGAGAUUCCGGAUUCCGCGCGCGGGGACGUUUACAUACCUGAGUCCAUUUUUCCACCAUAUGUGCAUGAAGUCUCUGAGGGCAGCAUUGCAGACUACUCCUGCUUCACAACUGCACAAAAAAGCAACACAUUUCUACAGGUUCAGUCCCAUGUCUUGUCUGCACAGCUGCCAUCUUCUGCUGCACAGAGUCAACCUGAUCACAAGCCAGAAAGCCGCAUGAGGACUCAAAGAGUGCCGUACUCACGCUCGAAGAUAAAGAUAACUACAGGUAACCCAUCCCUUCUACCAGUCAUCCCAGAUAAUGCAAACAAAUUAGCAGAUAUUCCACCUGCUUCAGUGUUGUCCUGCCAGGUUUGCCAGAAGACAUUCAUGUCAGCACGUAUGCUGAAACGCCAUAAGAAGUGCCACAGUGAAACGAAAAAGUACUCUUGUGAGCACUGUGGAAAAGGAUUUAAUGAUGCUUUUGACCUGAAGAGGCAUGUACGUACUCAUACUGGUGUGAGACCUUAUAAGUGCACUAUGUGUGUUAAAGCCUUCACUCAGCGCUGCUCUUUAGAGUCUCACCUGAAGAAGAUCCAUGCCGUUACUCAACAGUAUGCCUACAAAGAGCGAAGGGACAAACUGUAUGUGUGUGAGGAGUGUGGCUUGACUGCACAGACACGGGACGGUCUGCAGAAUCAUCUUCAAGCUGAACAUCCACAGAGACUGAUAAUGACAAAAAGCAACUACAAACUGACACAUAUUGAGGAAGGUAAUACAUCACCGUGUUCAAGCUGAAUCCCCCAAAUAGCUAUAGCGCUGAAGAAAAAAUUAGAGGACCUAAUAUUGAUGAAUUCUAAUUCAUUUUGUUCCACUCUACGUGCACUUUUGUACAGUCAGUAAUUCUCACUUCCAGAAAUAUUGGGAUUAGGAGAAUAAUUUGGAUGUAUUGUAUUGUAUUGAAUGACAAAUUACGCUGAAGCAGUAUAAAAUGUAUAAAGUCAUUGUUCACAAAAAAAUUUAAUUCUUGUAUGUUUUUGUUUC